CUACUGACUCUCGAAGACCUCUUGGUGAUUAGGGAGGCAGAUGAUAGCGUUGAAGUGUGUCUGGGGUGUGUAUAGCUGGGAAGUAGGAAUUAGGGCGGAAUGGCGAAGACAUAUGACUAUUUGUUCAAGCUCUUAUUGAUUGGUGACUCUGGCGUAGGGAAGACUUGUGUUCUUUUCAGGUUUUCGGAAGAUGCAUUCAACUCGACCUUCAUUUCAACAAUUGGCAUUGACUUCAAGAUUCGGACCAUUGAGCUCGACGGAAAGAAGAUAAAGCUACAGAUAUGGGACACAGCCGGUCAGGAGCGGUUUCGCACCAUCACAACGGCCUACUACCGCGGCGCCAUGGGCAUCCUGCUGGUGUAUGACAUCACCAGUGACAAGUCUUUCGACAACAUCAAAAACUGGAUCCGCAACAUCGAAGAGCAUGCGUCCGCGGAUGUCGAGAAGAUGAUCCUGGGCAACAAGACUCCUCUCCGCCGCCAGGUGUCGAGGGAACGCGGUGAGCAGCUGGCCAACGAGUACGGCAUCAAGUUUCUCGAGACGUCCGCAAAGUCUUCCAUCAACGUGGAGGAAGCGUUCUUCACCCUGGCCAGAGACAUCAAGUCGAAAAUGGAGAAGAAAUUGGAGUCGUCGAACCAGGCCAAGACGUCACACCAGCUGCGGGACGAGGCGCCCAAGAAGAACUUCACUAGUUGGUUGUCCCGCUGUUCGAUUCUUUGAUAGGCAUAUUUAGGAACCCCACCCUCACACAGACAGACAGAUAUAUGGCGGGGCGGCCGCGCCGCUGCCGCCGCGCCGCCCGCCCUGAGGUCGUCAGCAAUAGUGGAGCGAGCACGCCCGCCCGCCCGUCCCGCGGGCAGGGCCGGCCUGGCCACCGCGAGACGGGCAUUCCCAGUGUGACCUGGCUGGCUGCGCCUCCCGGCCGGCCGGGGUAGACGCCGCCGCCGCUGCCGCUGCUGCCGCUGCUGCCACCGUUGCUGCUGCUGAUGCUCUCCUCGCUCGCCGUCUGUGUCGCGUUGUUUCACAUUUCAGGGGGGAGGAUUGUUGCGCGGUGAGAUGCGGCGGGGCUCUGCCGAGCUCGUGGCCUUACCGAGCGCCGGCUUCGCUCGGCCAGAGGCGGCGUGUCCGAGAAUGCGGAUCAAUACGGCGACAUGGCGCGGUCCGCUUGCCCUCGGCUUUACAUGUUACUCCUUCGGCGGGCGCGGCGGUCCACGCCCGGUCCUCGCGUGGCCGCCGGCGGGCGAGGCGAGGUCCAACGUGUGCCGCUCGCGGCUUGACGGCCGCCCCUGGCCCGUUAGCCUGCACGCGCGGGCCGCAGCUUCUUUGUAAGUUUAUAUUCCCUCGAUUAGGCGUUUAGUCUUGCGUUUGCUUGCAGUGCGGCACGCGGCCAUGACAUCGUGGAAUAUAUGUGUCACUUGAGGCGGUGCCGUUUGCGGACUACGGCGCGGUCGAGACGAGCCGCUAUGCGGCGCUGGAGCUCUCUUGCAAAGGAGCCGGGCUGAAAGUGCGGCCGGCGGUGCAUAGAAAAGGCUGGCAUGGCAGGCCAUUGAACCUCCCGGUUUAAAUACGAGGCAAUGCAUCUAGUGGUGCGUGCGCAUGAAAGGUUAGCCAUGCGGUACAUUUCUUGGUUUCUCUGCUAGGUUUCAUAGCCUUCCCAUUUGCUUUGUCACUGCCGAUUGAUUCUCAUGCAUGUACCGGCAUCUGAUAAAUAAUAUAUGCCCACACUUG